AUGAAAUCUGCAUCAUAUAACUUCAGUGAGGCUGGCCAUGGAAGAAGUAUAGCAGAUGGAGUGGGCGGAACUGUAAAAAGAAUGGCAGAUAAUAUGAUAGCUCUUGGAAAAGACAUUGCUUCUAUUGAUGAUUUUAUCGAGGCAAACAAGGACACAAAAAUUAUUCGUGUUGGUGAAGAAGCUGUAAACGAAAUAGACAAAGCUAUAUAUGAAAAACAUCUGAUUGCUGUUCCAAAUACAAUGAAACUACAUCAAGUUUUUAUUCAAGCUGAAAACUGGCAACGUCUCCAUCUUAGAGAUAAAAAAAUAUUAAUUGAGAAAAAAAUAAACAUAGAAGAAUUAACAUCAUCGGACAGUUCCGCUGAAAUGGAGUUAGAAGAUUAUUCAAAUGAUUCGGAUAAUAGCGAUCUAGAAUAUUAUCCUAAGCCAAAGAAAUUGAAUGUUAAAGAAGUUGACAUUAAAACCCUUAAAACUGAUGAUUUUAUACUAACAGAAUUAGCAACAGUUACUGACAAGUUGAAAAAAAAACGGUUUGUUGCUCAAAUAACAAACAUUGAAACGACCCCAGAAACUAAAAUUAAUGUAUAA